CGAGAAGACGACGAUGGCCUUAGUUUGGACGCAUCUAUGUCCAUAUUUAUUGAGACUUCUACCCCCUGGCCCGGCGCGCCAAGUGUGCCGUAUGGCCCAAGGGGUAUUUCACCCAUUUUAACCUUAGAAGAGGAGGAGGAGCUGCUGGCGGAAUUGGCGCGGGGUGUAGUGGUGCCAGAGGCUGCCCUUCCUGAUGAUGCAGGUGACCCUACUGUGCGAAGACGCACUAACCCUGCUCCUCUUGCAUUGGUUUUUCCUGCUCGUGAGCGCAGGGUAUUUCACGAAAUCUGUUUGAACCCUAGAGUAGAGAAUCCUACGUCUUCCGUUGAAAGAGAGUUAAUUGAGUUGGCCCACAAUACUAGGAUCAUUCCUUCUUCAUCUUCUGCAGAGAAUCCUACGUCUUUCUUUGAAAGAGAGUUAAUUGAGUUGGCCCACAAUACUAGGGUCAUUCCUUCUUCAUCUUCUGCUUAUGAUUUGGAAGAGGGUGAAAUGCCAGAUGAUGAUGAUGAUGAUGAAGCAAGAGAAGACCCAUCAAGUACUGUAAAUGAUCCUAAGAAAUCUGUAUUUGAUCGACUGGGUCCUAAAUUGAUUCCCUCACCUGAAACGGACCCUGAGGUGAGGUCUAAAAAGAAGAAGGCUCAGAGUGUACGUUAUAGGAGCACCUAUGUAACGCCUGAGGACUUGACCGAGGCUUUAAAUAGCGUAGAAUCUAAGAAGAGAAAAGCUGCAGAGAAAAAGAAAAAGAGGGAUACGGCUAAAAUGCAGAAAAAGGAUGAAGAAGCCAGAAUUAAGGAAGUUGUAGGAAAGAUGAAAUUGAGUCUUGAAAAGAAGAAGGAAGAAGAAGAACAGAAAGAGAAGAAGGAGGAAGAAGAACAGAGAGAGAAGAAAGAAGAGAAUGAAUAG